ACGGCAACAUGGCCAUAAAAACAACCAUGAAGCUUUGGCUCAUUUUUGCGGUUUUCCUUAGUGUGUGUAAUGGAACAACACACUGUCUGAAACACAUUGAAAAGUGCAGUGGGCAUCUUAAUUGGAGCAUCUUAAUCAGGGAUGCAAACAGCGCGCCUUUUGGCGGAUGGCGCCUUUUUCACGGCUGAAUCGCGCAGAUCCGAAUUUUUUUUGGGGGGGGCGUUGGAGUGUCUGAUUAUAAUUUCAAAGUAAAUUCUGUAUUAAAAUUACUAAAUAAGCAAAUCUGUUACAGUCCAUGAAACAGGAAGUAUAAAGAUGAGGAAAAAACAGUUUAAAUCGGGAAGCUGCGCACAUUUGUGCAGCCUGGGACUGCCUGGGACUGAUUCCAUUUGUAAGAAUCUGAAUGACAAGGGACCAUUUAUUGUUCAAAUUUACUACCUGUCAUUCGUCAUUCCAUUUCAUGCGUCAUUCACUUUAGGGAGUCCUCUAGUUAACUAGCUAACCAUGCACUGAGAUCCUACAUGUUUACUAUGGCAUCGUUUUAAAUGUUGGGUGAUUUAUAUAAAACAGUCUAAUCUAACGUGACCAGACGUCCCGAUUAUGAGUCGCGUGUCCCAGUGGCGGCUCCAGAGAUUUUUCCUUAAGGUGGCAAAGGAGGGGCAUAGGUUCCAGGAGGGGGGGCAUAGGUUGUCAAUGCAGCAGUUUAUGCAAAUCGUAGAACUCAUUUUUACUUGCUCUCAAGAAAGACUCACAAUCAAGUCAUCUUGUCAAAUAUGUAUUGAGCUAUUGUACCAUCAAGGAAAAUGGAUUCAACCAUCUAAACCAUCUUUUCUGAAAGUAUAUUCCCAAGCAAUGAAUGGAACUACAGGUAGUCGUCGACUUACGACUGCGUUUGGUUACGACUGACCGGUCGUAAACCGAUCUGGUCGUAAGUCGGCCUAUGUUAAACGAACGGGAGAGUUGUCUGAACCCAGUCAUUACACCAUCAACAUAUACAACCAAUGAUGCAGUCAUCUCGUCCGAGUCAGUCUUCAUCGUGGAGCUCAGCUUGUCAUGUGCAAACGGAGUACAGCAGAGUGUGGCAUUGUAUGUUGAUGUCAAUGGAAGGCAGUUUCCUGUGACAAGGGGCCAGGAUGUUGGGAAGUACCAGGUGUCAUGGAGUCUACCUCAUAAGCAAGCCAGCUCGGGGACAUACCAUGUUAAAUUCUUUGACGAGGAGUCUUACAGUGCGCUGCGCAAGGCUCAGAGAAACAACGAGGACGUGGACACGAUCAAGCCCCUUUUCUCUGUUGAUGUAGAUCACAGGGGAGCUUGGAGUGGCCCUUGGGUGUCUACAGAGGUCCUGGCUGCUGCUAUUGGCAUCUUGGUCUAUUACUUCGCGUUUAGUGCUAAGAGCACAAUUCAGGGGCAAGUUUGCAACAGUUCCAGUUGGUGUCCACUUGAUUAUUGCCCUAACAGUAGAAAUGGACAUUUUCAGGCGAGUAUUUAUUUAUUUAUUUAUUUAUUUAUUAAUUAUAACUGUUCCCCGACUUAAGGUCAACACACUUCAUUUGGUUUGUAUGUUCUCUUAUCUUUCCCAUGUUGAUGGAUGACAAAGCGAAUUUGGCCUCUGUCACCUCAUAUUUGUUCCCCAGUUAAUCAGGAAGUCAUGGAUUACAGCUCGAAAGUUCCUACACACUUCCAUCCAUCCAUUAUCUGUAGCCGCUUAUCCUGUGUAGGGUCGCAGGCAAGCUGGAGCCUAUCCCAGCUGACUAUGGGCGAGAGGCACCCUGGACAAGUCGCCAGGUCAUCGCAGGGCUGAUACAUAGAGACAAACAACCAUUCACACCUAUGCUCAACUUAGAGCCACCAAUAGAGAUCUUGCAGUCACGUGACCGGAAAGUACACAGCUGCCAUCUUGUCGGUAAAAAACACAGCUGAAUACUGCUGCACUCGUGUACAGAAUGGAUCAAUUUCAACCGACGGACUACACGGCUCAUUUUUCUAAUGAACAGAUAACUAGAUAAACGUCUAAAAUAAACGAUCUACAGAUUAGUGACCCUUAUGGCUUACCGGACGUAGUUUUCACGACCGUGUCAGUGGAUUUUGAACUGCCAGCGGAAUACCCGGACGUGUAUAAUUACCUCAUCAACUUUCCCUCGCUGUUCAGUGGUGAAGCACUGCGUACUUAUAAAUCUCUGGACAGUUAUCUUUACAGAAAUUCAGGAUUUGUCAGCGACUCAGAUGUGGCAUCUUGUAAACAAGAAAAUAACAAUCCUCAUUGGAUGGGUAAGUCACUUAAGUAUUGAGUAUAGCACUGACCAGCCGAUUAUAGAAUAGAAUAAGGUAAUUCCAGCUGUAAUUCCAAAUCGUCCGUCUUGUUUACCAUGGAUCUGGCGUUGGAGAGAGAGAGGCUUAGCAGUGGAGAUUUGAGUGGCUGUUUUCUGAGCUUAGUCAACAGGCUGGCUCUGCCUGCAGCCUCGCUUUUGCUUCCGCUCCCGACGCCGCCUCCUUCGCUUUGCUUCCGAUAACAAUCCACGGAGACCCCGCUGGUCUCGCUAUCUCGUCCGGAAUGUUGUGCAUGCGAUGGAAAUCGCUACAAACCGUCAUUUUCUGCUGGAAACCAAUGUCCAGUAAGUCCAUACGGUUGUAGUGGAUAUUGAAGUCCGGUACAGACGAACAACACGCAAAAAUACACACAAAAAACAUAAACGUGCACAGGUAGGGAGAGCUUGUAGCCGCAGCCGUUGUAGUAGAAUUGUAUAUAGUAGGGUUUUCCAGAAGAAAAGGUAGAAGUAAAAGCAGAAGGCGGAAAUAUGGCGUUUGACCGACAAGAUGGCGUCUGUCACAAUCUGGAUCGGCGGUGACGUCACAUGCAAGUGCUCCAUUAGCCUAAUCUGCAUGUCUUUGGACUGUGGGGGAAACCAGAGCACCUGCAGGAAACUCUCUCCGACAUGGGGAGAACAUGCAAACUCCACACAGAAAGGCCUUCGUCGGUCACUGGGCUCAAACCCAGGACCUUCUUGGUGUGAGGCAACAGUGCUAACCACUACACCACCGUGCCGCCCUCCUACACGCCUCAAUUAACUUAAUGUACAAUUUAAAUGGGAAACAUGCUUCAGUUACAUUGUGUUCACUAUCAUUUCCAGGUGUGGCAAUAAUAGUGGCAUAUAUGUUUUUGUUGAAAAUAAUUAUUUCUUCAUGAGGGAUUUAUUUUUCUCUGAAUAAAUUUUUCAAUUAAAGGUUGGAUUUUUCUCAUUUUUUUCAGUGUGAGAUGAAGCAACUUCACCAAAAAGUGGAUUUUUUUUUGUAGCACUUUGUACUAAUCUUUACAAGGGAUGCCAAUAAUUGUGGAGGGCACUGUAGCUAUUAAGCAGUCUCUAUAAUUCUAUGUUGUGUCUGUAAACUGUAAUAGUUCAUUCAGUAAGAAGCUAGCAACCCUUAACUUUUCAAAUCCUUUGAAGGAACCUUGUUUGUGUAAUGUACAAUUUAACUUGUGCAUAAAAGUGGGAAUGUUUCA